AUGGAACAAAUAGUCAAGACUCGCGAUGUGGAAAAGUUCGUGUCGGAAACGAAGUACUUCCUCGACGAAUUCGAUUCCAUCAUUAGCCACUGGGACCUGUCGGGUAACUUCUUCCUGCACUAUCUGAUCGAAAUCCACGAGAACGUCACACAGUUGCUGUCCCGGUUUACUACCCUCUCACUCGAAGGUGUCGGAGACCGGAAAAGCAAACCCUUCUUCAACCUAAAAUGUUGCGAUCUCGAAUUUCAAACAGUAAAAGAUCUGCGACUGCACCACCACUCCUGCCGGCACAAGAAAUCGCAUUUUGAAGAAACGGAUAACUGCGAGCUUAAAUCUGCCCUGCUUAAAUUGGCAUUUUUCAAUCGGAGGGUAAACGAAUACGUACAGUACGGAACAGUCGCUGACCGUUACCUAUGUCUAUACCUGAAAAAGAUUCUGAAAAAGAUCAUUAUCACUCUGGACACGUUCAACCUGUAG